UUUUAUAUUCUUACAAGUAAAUUCGUUAAUCAACUGCAUUUUGGUGGAAAAUGAGGGCGUUUUUUCUUCCAAUUUCCAGGCACAUUGUCCGCAUCGAAAACCCGAACCCGCUUACGAAUCCGACCCAUUUUUCAUCCACCGCCACUCGUCGUCUUCACAAAGCCAAUCGAAUUUUCUCUGAAAAAAUGGCCACCGAGUCAACCUCAUCCCAACUCACUCACACCAUCAACCUCCCGGGUCAACUCGGCCAACCCCUCACCGUCGUUGCUGCCGCUGGCGUCUCAGAUUCUGAUUUCAGGAAUGCGAUCGAAUGUACGUUGUUUAAACAGUGGUUAAAAAACAUACAGACAGAAACAGGACUGCUGUCGAAUGGAGCCAUGUCCGUAAAACGGGUGGUUAUUCAGGGCGUAGAUAUGUUUGGAAAUCGUGUUGGAUUUCUCAAGUUCAAAGCAGACGUAAUUGACAAAGAGACUGGAAGCAAGGUUCCGGGCAUUGUUUUUGCACGAGGACCGGCUGUUGCAGUGCUAAUCCUUUUGGACUCAGACGGAGAGACCUAUGCCGUGCUGACAGAGCAGGUUAGGGUUCCUGUUGGGAAGCUUGUAUUGGAAUUGCCAGCUGGAAUGUUGGACGAUGACAAGGGUGAUAUAGUUGGCACUGCUGUUCGUGAGGUAGAGGAGGAGACUGGAUUACACCUAAAUCUGGAUGAUGUUGUCGAUCUUACCGCCUUUCUACAUCCGUCAACUGGAUGUAGAGUCUUUCCUUCUCCGGGUGGAUGCGACGAAGAAAUAGGACUGUUUUUGUACAGAGGAAGUGUUGAUAGAGAGAUAAUUAAACAGCUACAAGGUAAAGAAACGGGGCUUCGAGAACAUGGUGAGUUGAUCCGAGUUCACGUCGUACCGUAUAAAAAUCUGUGGCGUAUGACGGCCGAUGCAAAGGUUCUAAUGGCUAUUGCUAUCUAUGAAAUGGCUAAAAGGGAUGGCUUUCUACCAUCUACCUGAAAUUUAUUUGUCUUUCUUAGUUAUUCAAUUAGAAUAUAAUUUUUUGCAAAAUUAAAAUCGGAAUCUAAUAUGCAUUCCAAUUUCCAGUACCUUUCCUCAAAAAAGUCUGAAAAAUAGGAAAUUGAAGUUUCCGGGAUUCGGAAAUAAAAAA